UAUUUACGUUCUAAGGACGGAACAAACAACAUAAUACGAUGCGAGGAAUUGUACAUUGUACCAUAGCUUUGGUACUUGUGUCUAUAACAACAAGUUUAACCCAAGAUUUAACGUGCAUUUGUUAUGUCAACUAUUCUCCCGAAGAAAAAUCUCUUGGAUUGGCUGGUUUCUAUUGUCUUCACUCUAGUGGUUCUUUUGUGAAAUCACACAGGAAAGUGAAUACCGACAUAGGCGCAGUCAAAUUGCUGCUCGGGUCUGACUGUAAAGAUUUGCUGGAAGAUGAAAUCGAUGAAAAGCGACGAUUUUUCUCCGAUUCUUUUGGCGGCAGUGUCGACGCCGGAAGUAAAGGCGACGGUAGUUCGAGCGCAGGCGGAGGUUUACAUACACCAGUAGGAAGUGUCUCCGGGCAUGCUCACUUUUCCCAUGGCCAUCUGUCUGGAGGCGAUAUUGGAGUGUCCGGCAAUGUGGGCAAAUAUGGAAGUGCCGGUGUCCACGCUAAUUACGACCACGGUCACGUAAGCGGAGGAGUCGAUGCGGGCCUUGAUCUUGGAGGCAUUGCACAUGCGCAGGCACAUGUGGACAUGGACCACAACUACGACAUAAGUGGAGGAGUGAACGCGGGAGUGGACCUCGGUGGAGUUAAGGAGACGGCCUCACUAGACGUGGACCACAACGGACAGGCUACAGGGGGAAUCCAGGGAACGUUUGGACGCAGAGAUGAAAACAAUGAUAAGCGACGAUUUUUCUCCGAUUCUUUUGGCGGCAGUGUCGACGCCGGAAGUAAAGGCGAUGGUAGUUCGAGCGCAGGCGGAAGUUUACAUACACCAGUUGGAAGUGUCUCCGGGCAUGCUCACUUUUCCCAUGGCGAUCUGUCUGUAGGCGAUAUUGGAGUGUCCGGCAAUGUUGGCAAAUUCGGAAGUGCCGGUGUCCACGCUAACUACGACCAAGGUCACGUAAGCGGGGGAGUCGAUGCGGGCCUUGAUCUUGGAGGCAUUGCACAUGUGCAGGCGCAUGGGGACAUGGACCAAAACCACGACAUAAGUGGAGGAUUGAACGCGGGAGUGGACCUCGGUGGAGUUAAGGAGACGGCCUCACUAGACGUGGACCACAACGGACACGCUACAGGAGGAAUCCAGGGAACGUUUGGACGUAGAGAUGAAAGCAAUGAAAAGCGACGAUUUUUCUCCGAUUCUUUUGGCGGCAGUGUCGACGCCGGAAGUAAAGGCGAUGGUAGUUCGAGCGCAGGCGGAAGUUUACAUACACAAGUUGGAAGUGUCUCCGGGCAUGCUCACUUUUCCCGUGGCGAUCUGUCUGGAGGCGAUAUUGGAGUGUCCGGCAAUGUGGGCAAAUUCGGAAGUGCCGGUGUGCACGCUAACUACGACCACGAUCACGUAAGCGGAGGAGUCGAUGCGGGCCUUGAUCUUGGAGGCAUUGCACAUGUGCAGGCACAUGUGGACAUGGACCAAAACCACGACAUAAGUGGAGGAUUGAACGCGGGAGUUGACCUCGGUGGAGUUAAGGAGACGGCCUUACUAGACGUGGACCACAACGGACACGCUACAGGAGGAAUCCAGGGAACGUUUGGACGCAGAGAUGAAAACAAUGAAAAGCGACGAUUUUUCUCCGAUUCUUUUGGCGGCAGUGUCGACGCCGGAAGUAAAGGCGAUGGUAGUUCGAGCGCAGGCGGAAGUUUACAUACACCAGUUGGAAGUGUCUCCGGGCAUGCUCACUUUUCCCAUGGCGAUCUGUCUGGAGGCGAUAUUGGAGUGUCCGGCAAUGUGGGCAAAUUCGGAAGUGCCGGUGUCCACGCUAACUACGACCACGAUCACGUAAGCGGAGGAGUCGAUGCGGGCCUUGAUCUUGGAGGCAUUGCACAUGUGCAGGCACAUGUGGACAUGGACCAAAACCACGACAUAAGUGGAGGAGUGAACGCGGGAGUGGACCUCGGUGGAUUUAAGGAGACGGCCUCACUAGACGUGGACCACAACGGACACGCUACAGGAGGAAUCCAGGGAACGUUUGGACGCAGAGAUGAAAGCAAUGAAAAGCGACGAUUUUUCACCGAUUCUUUUGGCGGCAGUGUCGACGCCGGAAGUAAAGGCGAUGGUAGUUCGAGUGCAGGCGGAAGUUUACAUACACCAGUUGGAAGUGUCUCCGGGCAUGCUCACUUUUCCCAUGGCGAUCUGUCUGGAGGCGAUAUUGGAGUGUCCGGCAAUGUUGGCAAAUUCGGAAGUGCCGGUGUCCACGCUAACUACGACCAAGGUCACGUAAGCGGAGGAGUCGAUGCGGGCCUUGAUCUUGGAGGCAUUGCACAUGUGCAGGCACAUGUGGAUAUGGACCACUACCACGACAUAAGUGGAGGAGUGAACGCGGGAGUGGACCUCGGUGGAGUUAAGGAGACGGCCUCACUAGACGUGGACCACAACGGACACGCUACAGGAGGAAUCCAGGGAACGUUUGGACGUAGAGAAUCAAACCGAUUCUCCCGGAAUUGGAUGGAUAUGUCUGAUGGCGAUAUCCUAGAAGAUACCCUGAUGUUCGUUGAAAUUCCUGAGAGUACAUCAGUCGAAAAGUAGCUUGGAUAACCGAGUGUAUGGACUGGAAAGUGAAUCUAUAAACUGCGAACAAACCGAUUGACCGUAUUUGAAUAAUGAUAUUCUUCGAUGUUUUUUUAAAUAAAUGUUGUUUUC